AGCAACUGAACAUCAACGACCUCUGUGCAUCACAUCAAGACCGCAAAGCAUUUUACCUGGCGCGCAAUUAAAUCCAGCGCAAUAUCAACUUAAACCCCCAACCAUUAUAAUCGUAUUCGCGCGAUCAAUACUCGUUCAUCAUGGCUGAAGGCGGUGGUAUCGAUCGUCGCGCAGACGAAAAGAUGGAGUUUUCCACUUCCAAGGAGGUUACAGUCCAUCCAACCUUCGAAUCGAUGUCUUUGAAAGAGAACCUUCUUCGCGGCAUCUACGCGUACGGUUACGAGUCACCUUCCGCCGUCCAGUCUCGAGCCAUCGUCCAAAUUUGCAAGGGACGAGACACGAUCGCUCAGGCCCAAUCCGGCACAGGAAAGACUGCUACCUUUUCCAUUUCCAUGCUUCAGGUCAUUGAUACGGCUAUCCGCGAGACCCAGGCACUUGUCCUCUCUCCCACUCGCGAACUUGCGACGCAAAUCCAAUCUGUCGUUAUGGCUCUCGGUGACUAUAUGAACGUCCAAUGCCAUGCUUGUAUUGGUGGAACCAACGUUGGGGAGGAUAUUCGAAAGCUCGACUACGGCCAGCACAUCGUCUCUGGUACCCCAGGCCGUGUAGCCGAUAUGAUUCGUCGCCGCCACCUACGCACUCGCCAGAUCAAGAUGCUCGUACUCGACGAAGCCGAUGAAUUGCUCAAUCAAGGUUUCCGAGAGCAGAUCUACGACGUGUACCGAUACCUUCCUCCCGCGACUCAAGUUGUGGUUGUCUCGGCUACCCUGCCCUACGAUGUCCUAGACAUGACAACCAAGUUCAUGACCGACCCGGUCCGCAUCCUCGUCAAGCGUGACGAGUUGACGCUAGAAGGCCUCAAGCAAUAUUUCAUUGCUGUCGAGAAAGAGGACUGGAAGUUCGACACGCUUUGCGACCUUUACGAUACCCUCACAAUUACCCAGGCUGUUAUCUUCUGUAACACCCGACGAAAGGUCGAUUGGCUGACCGACAAGAUGCGCGAGGCGAAUUUCACUGUCAGCAGCAUGCAUGGAGACAUGCCUCAGAAGGAACGAGACAGUAUCAUGCAAGACUUCAGACAGGGCAACAGCAGAGUACUAAUCUCUACCGACGUCUGGGCUCGCGGUAUCGAUGUACAGCAGGUCAGCUUGGUUAUCAACUACGAUCUGCCCAGCAACCGAGAGAACUACAUCCACCGUAUUGGACGCAGUGGCCGUUUUGGUCGUAAAGGUGUCGCAAUCAACUUCGUCACUAGUGAAGAUGUUCGAAUUCUCAGAGAUAUCGAGCUGUACUAUUCAACUCAGAUCGAUGAGAUGCCCAUGAACGUGGCUGACCUCAUCACUUAAAGAUACCCAAGAGUGAGGACGAUGCUUAUAGCUGAUGCAAUUAUGUGGCAGGCCAACUCGACAAGGCUAUGAAGGGAUGAAUUAUGGUGUGGGAGGAAAUGGGCAUGUCGUCCAGUACAGUACAUCUCAGAUUGAUCAUGCUACUGACAGAAUCCGAUGCGUUUUCCGAUAUUUCGCUUAUCGAUCAAUACAAGAAAUCCAGUGGUCCACCUAAGAGCAGAGUGGAUGAGUAGGUGUGAGAUUAAAUACCUUCGACUCCCUUCGAAACUUGAUGAUUUGAUGAAGUUACUAUUGAGGCUCGUCGAGUAGAUGUUAACGACCUAGGACUUGCUAUGUGUUAGCAGCUCCCCGUAGUCUAUUGGGACUCUCCGAUUCCUCA